UGAUAUAAAGGUGUUACUCAAGUACAGAGGUAUAAAACCUGGUGGGAACUGUCUGUAUACCACACUCACCUGUCUCGAUCAGGCAAUGACAUGGCCACCACUGCAGAUUUCGGUCUUGAACACACGCCCAAAGAUUCCAACGUACCCAGGACUGACUCACCUCCUGGAUACUACACAGUGUCAGAGCAUGUUCACACCGGGACCACACCCCCGUUCAUAGGGAUGCAUGGGACCCAACCCAGUACAAUGGGGACCUCUGUGGUGAUGAUUCAACCAGUGAUGACCGGACCGGAGCCGAGGACCACGUGCUCUCUGGUGAUGUCGGUGCUGAGCACCAUCUUCUGCUGCUUCAUCUGCGGCAUGGCUGGCAUCCUCGUCGCCUGGAAGGCCCGUCUGUAUGUCCUGGAGAAGAAGUACGAGCAGGCCCGCCAUUCUGUCAAAGUCGUCUGGAUCUUCUUCGGCCUCGCCGUCUUCUUCGGAGUUAUUUUCAUCUUUUCCUGCUUUACUCCCAUCUGGUAUGUGGUAUUCGGCAUUCGCUAGACCCUCACCAGUAUCCACGAGGAACAAAAGUCAUCCAUCUUAUCUAGAUCAUCAACCUACGGACAUGAACAGAAUAUCAAUGGAAAUAACUCCAGGCAGAUGAACAGAGUAUAAAUAAUAACCAGAAAUAAUGACUACAUUUGAGCCAUUCCUUCUCUUUAUAUCUUGUUCCGUAGACUUUCAGUAUAGAAUACUUUGUUGGAUCGAUGUAACGAUGUUUUAGCUCAUAACAAUUGUAAAAUAAAGAAAACUGAUUAUUAUGUGUGAUUCUAGAGAGAAAUGUGAAAUAUAUUUUUUGCUCUAAGAGAGGUCGUUUUAAAAGUUUUCAAAAACAGGUCAGAUAUAUUUAUUAAAAAAAUUGUAAUAGCAAUACACAUUGGACCACAUGUACAUCAAAUUGCAUAAAAAUAGACAGAAACGGGCAAGGGAGGUAAUAAAGGACAGAUUUAAAAAGAAGACCGCGAAGUGAUUAUCUCCCGUUUUUCGAAUCGUUCCUAGCUCGCGCAAAACUCAUUAAUACUCGUGUAUAUCGAAGUAAAAGCUAUUGUUUAUUUA